AUGGUAAACAAAAAGAGCAUGUCAGUGACCCUGAAAAUUAUACUCUUGGCGAUGCUAAUCGCCGUGGUAUCAUCCGCGCAUUACGGCGGCGGCUCCGAAGCAAAGCACGAUGUUAUCGAUGAUAGCGGCCCAUCACACAUUGAAGAAAUUUCUAAGCAUGCUGUAGAUACAGUGAAAGAUUGGAACUCCAAAGCAAAGCAAAUUAUUAAUAAAUUCUUUUCUUACACUUAUUUCUAUAAGGCAAACGGAAUGAUCACUCUAAAAUUAGUGGUUUUAAUAACCGUGCUGGCAACAGUGUGUUGCUGGCAGAUCAACCGCCGUGCUCCUCCACCAGCGAAGGAGACCCCCACCGAAGACACCAACUUUGUGGAGGUGAAGAAGGUGCCCUGUGAUAGUUCCAACAGUUACUGCGGAAGUGUAUCCAAUUUUAAUCAACCGAUGGGCGGCGGCGGAUUUAUAGUUCCCGGAUAA